CGCCGCGUCGCCUCGCGGCAGUGCGUUUAAUCGGCGACCCGCGAAAGAGAUUCUCUACCCCCUCUUUGGAAUUGCACGUUUUCAUAUCUUCAGAUUCAGACGUGUCAGGCAAUUCGUGCGAGACCGCACAGUAAUAUCUCGGUGUUUUAAGUAGAGUAAAAAAAAAAAAAGAAAGUCCUAUCGCGCCAUCAUCAUGGUAUGUUCUAUCGAUGAUAUUGCUGAUGAGUUGCCGGCGGAACAAAUUGCCGUUCUACGCAAAGCUUUCGACAGCUUCGACAGGGACAAGAGCGGCAGCAUCCCCACUGACAUGGUGGCUGAUAUUCUUCGACUAAUGGGCCAACCAUUCAAUAAGAAAAUCUUGGACGAACUCAUUGAUGAAGUUGAUGCCGAUAAAUCUGGACGACUUGAAUUUGAGGAAUUCGUCACAUUGGCGGCGAAAUUUAUCGUUGAAGAGGACGCAGAGGCUCUGGAAAAGGAACUUCGGGAGGCUUUCAGGCUCUACGACAAGGAAGGUAACGGCUACAUCCCAACGUCGUGCUUACGCGAGAUCCUGAGAGAAUUGGAUGAUCAAUUGACGAAUGAAGAAUUGGACAUGAUGAUUGAAGAGAUCGAUUCUGACGGCUCUGGUACAGUUGAUUUUGAUGAAUUCAUGGAGAUGAUGACUGGUGAAUAAUUACUUUGAACGAAUGAUAAAUUGCUUUUGGAUCCAAAGACAUGUGUGCAUGCAACCAUUACAUUUUGGAACUGAUCAUUCGCAUAGUUAUGAAAAAUCAAUGCACAGCAAAAAAA